AUGGGUUUCGCCGACUUUUUCUCCGACGUUAUGUCCACCCUAACCUACGCCGAAGCUCAGGCUGAGGCUCCCGCCGAAGCUGAGGCUCCCCAGGAAGAGACCCCCGUCAAGUCCGAGGAGACCGAAGAGUCCACCGACGACUCCGAGUCCGCUGAGGAGACUCCUGCCGAGGAUUCUGAGGAGGCUUCCGAAGAGGGAGAGGCCGAAGCCGAGGAGGAAGAAGAGGAAGAAGAGGAGGAAGAGGAAGAGGAGCCCGAGGACAUCAAGCCCAAGCUCGAGGAGGAGUGUGCCAACUCCUCCCAGUGCGCUCCCUACAAGCACCACUUCGACGAGUGUAUCGAACGCGUCACCCGCCAGGAGGAGGAUGAGAGCUACAACGGCCCCAAGGAGGACUGUGUUGAGGAGUUCUUCCAUCUGACUCACUGCGCUACUGCCUGUGCCGCCCCCAAGCUCUGGCGCGAGCUUAAGUAA